AUGGAGACCAAAAAUCCCAUAACCAAAUAUAUCAUCGUGACUGGAGGAAAUAUGAGUGGGCUAGGAAAAGGAACAGCUAUGAGUAGUUUGGGAGUACUGCUACUGACAAAGAAUACAUUGUUAACGACAAUUAAAAUAGAUCCAUAUUUAAAUGUAGACGCUGGAACAAUGUCUCCAUAUGAGCAUGGAGAAGUAUAUGUAUUAGAAGAUGGUGGAGAAGCUGAUUUAGAUUUAGGAAAUUAUGAAAGAUUUUUAAAUAUAAAAUUGACUUAUAAAAAUAAUAUAACAUCAGGAAAAAUAUAUGAACAAGUAAUAAAAAAAGAGAGAAAAGGAGAAUAUUUAGGCAAGACAGUUCAAGUAGUACCACAUGUAACUGAUGCAAUACAACAAUGGAUAAAAGAUGUAAUUGAUGAAAAUAUUAAAAAAAUGAUAAAAGAAUAUAAUAUAACAGAUAUUGAUCAAAUACCUUGUAUAUGUUUAAUAGAAGUGGGAGGAACAGUAGGUGAUAUUGAAUCAGCUGUAUAUUUAGAAGCAUUACAACAAUUAAUAAAUAAUUUAAGAAGUGAUGAUGUAUGCUUAUGUCACUUAUCGCAUGUACCUAUAACGGGUAAUCUUAAAGAACAAAAAACAAAACCAACACAACAUAGUGUUAAAAUUUUAAGAGAAGCAGGGUUAAAACCAGAUUUCAUAUUUUGCAGAUGCGAACAGCCAUUAAAUGAGGAAGCUAAAAAAAAAAUUUCUUUAUUUUCACAAGUAAAAAAGGAGCAUGUUAUAUCAUUACAUGAUACAUCUAAUAUAUAUAAAGUACCUUUAAUAUUAGACCAACAAAAUUUUUGUAUAAAUGUUUUAAAAAAAUUAAAUCUAGAAAAUAUUGUUUUAAAAAAUAAAUUCUAUAUUGCUCCAUAUUCAUUUAAUACAUGGAAACAAUUAUCAGAUAGAUAUGAAUCAUCUAAUGAAAUUGUAAAUAUUGGAAUUGUAGGAAAAUAUACAGCAUCGAAUGAUACAUAUCUUUCUAUAAUUUCAGCAUUAGUACAUGCAUGUAUAGAAUGUGGUUUUAAAUUAGUUAUUAAAUAUAUUAAUAGUAGUCAUUUGUCAUUAAAAAACAAAAAGAAAAAAAAAUCACCAGAAUUAAAAAAAAAAAUGAAUAAAUAUCAAUAUGAUAUGUGUUUAGACAAUAAUAAUGAUGCAAAUUCAAAACAAACAUUUAUAGAUGAAACUACAUCUGAUGAAGAUUAUGAUAAAAAAUGGAAAAUUAAAUAUGAUAAUGCAUGGAAUACAUUAAAAUCCGUUGAUGGUGUAUUAGUACCAGGUGGAUUUGGUACACGAGGAAUAGAAGGCAAAUAUCUUUCUUCACAAUAUUGUAGAUUAAAUAAUGUACCAUAUUUAGGCAUAUGUUUAGGUAUGCAAACAUCAGUAAUAGAUAUAACUAGACAGUUUUUGAAUCAAUUUGCAAGUUCAGAAGAGUUUGAAGAUAUGGACGAAAUACAAUAUACUUCAGGUAAUGAACAGGAAUAUAAAAGUGAAAAUAAUGUUGAACAAAAUUUUACCAAGAAAGAUCACAACGAUAAUAUCAAUGAUCAGGCUGAUCAAAAAACUAAUGCUCAUAUAUUAUGUAGUGAACAUAGUCAAGCUGAUAAUAAAAGUACUUCUACUAUUAAUAAGAGCAAUAUAAAUCAUGAAUCAAAUGAUGGAAAAAACAUAAGUUGCUAUUACAAUGGAAUGCCAGUUCAAAAAUAUAUAGAUAAUAUCCCUAAUAAAUUAGCAGAAGAUAAAUUACAAGAAAAGAUUAAGUUAAUGGGUAUAACAGACUAUUAUAAAAGUAUAGAAGAAAUUGAUAAUAAUAAUGUUAUAAUUUCUAUGGAUGGAUUUAAAGGGGAUGAUAAAAAAGGUGGUACUAUGCGACUCGGUGUAAAAAAAUCACAAAUUAUUGAUAAAGAUUCAUUAAUAUAUAAAUCUUAUGAUGAAGCAACAUAUAUUUAUGAAAGACAUCGACAUAGAUUUGAAAUUAAUCCUAAAUAUGUCCCAUUACUAGAAGCAGUGGGAUUAAGUUUUGUAGCAAAAGAUGCUGAUAGUGUUAGAAUGGAAGUAUGUGAAAUUAAACAUUUAGAUUUCUAUGUAGGUGUUCAAUUUCACCCUGAAUUUACAUCAAGACCUUUUAAAACCAACCCUAUAUUUUUAUCUUUCAUAUUAGCAUCAAAAGGAAUGUUAAAAGAUCGACUAAACAAGUUUGGAAAUAAAUUAUGUUCAGGAAAACUUUAUGAACAAUUUUGA